GCAGACAUGAAGACGGAGAGCGGGGUGCAGACGGCGCCCUUCAGCGGCAGGAAGCAGAGUCUGAUCGAGGACGCUCGCAGGGAGCGCGGCAGCGGCUCGGUGGGCUCCCCGGGGCCCCCGGGGCCCUCCAGGUACGGAGACAGCUUCGUGUUCGAGGAGAAGGACGGCAGAGUCACUCUAAACGUCCUCUUCACGCUCAGCAACGAGAAAAACGCGGGAUUCUUCAAAACGGGAAAAAUAUUCGAGACGUUUGAGGCUAAACUUCUCCACAUCGAAAGUCGCCCGGGGAGGAAAUCAAAGAACAGCACGACGGACCUGGAGUUCUUCAUGAAGUGUGAAGUUCACAGCUCGGACCUGGACAUUUUCAUCAACUCGCUGAAGAGAGUGGUCGAUGACGUUCGUUCCAUACCAGAAGAAAAAGUUCCCUGGUUUCCCCGACAGAUAAAAGACCUCGACAAAUGCAACAUGUUAAUAACCAAAUUUGAUCCGGACAUGGACCAGGAUCAUCCGGGAUACAGCGACCCAGAGUACAGAAAAAGACGAGCUUUCAUCUCUGAGCUCGCCUUCAGAUACAAACAAGGGGACCCGCUGCCCACCGUGGAGUACACAGCGGAGGAAGUAUCCACAUGGACGGAGGUUUACCGGCAGCUGCGGAGUAUUUAUCCCAGUCUGGCCUGCAGGCAGUUCCUGGACGGGCUGCUGCAGCUGGAGAGAGAGUGCGGCUACGGAGAGGACCGCAUCCCGCAGCUCAGAGAGGUCUCUGCAUUCCUGAAGAGAAAAACUGGUUUCCAGUUGCGCCCAGUCGCCGGCCUGCUGUCAGCCAGAGACUUCCUCAACAGUUUGGCCUUCAGGGUGUUUCAGUGCACUCAGCACAUCCGUCACUCCUCUGCACCCAUGCACUCCCCCGAGCCAGACUGCUGCCAUGAACUGCUCGGCCACAUCCCCAUGCUGACAGAUAAAGAAAUUGCCCAGUUUUCACAGGAGAUUGGACUGGCCUCACUCGGAGCUUCAGAUGAAGACAUUGAAAAACUGUCAACGUUAUACUGGUUUACGGUGGAGUUCGGCCUCUGCAAGCAGAACGGGACGGUGAAAGCUUACGGCGCCGGACUGCUGUCAUCCUACGGAGAGCUUGUUUACGCUCUGUCUAAUGAGCCGGAGUACAGGACGUUUAACCCCGAGGAGACUGCAGUGCAGCCGUACCAGGACCAAACCUACCAGCCUGUUUACUUUGUGUCCGAGAGCUUCGAUGACGCAAAAACAAAGUUGAGGAGAUACUCUGCAACCAUCAAGCGUCCCUUCACAGUUCGCUACGACCCCUUUACCUGCAGCGUGGAGGUCCUGGAUCAGCCGGGCAAGAUCCAAAACGCCCUGAGCCAGAUGAGAGAAGACCUGAGGACCCUUCACAGCGCCUUGGAGAAGUUCAGCUCGUCUUAAGACCCCCAACAGACGCUCUGCAGAGAGAAGACAGUCAUGUCAAAAGCGAAAAGGACAUUUGGCCGGUGUAAAUAUUGUACAUAAGAUCUAUAUUGAAGAACACAUACAGAAGAUAAUAAGUUAGUCAUAUUUGUGAGGUUCCACAUGGCCAUUUGUUUGAGUGUAUAAUGUAUUAUGUACAAAGAAAUAAAUGUUUAUUUUCAUGACAAAGCCCAUUCAAAACUUGAGUGUUUUUGAGGGAGACUGAAACAAAGCAUUCUUUAUUUCGGUUAAAGUACGAAUGCCACCGU